AUGGAGGGGCAGACGCCGAAGGGGCCCGAGCUGGGCCUGGCGGGGCUUCCCGCCCAGCAGGACUGCAGCAUUCAAGAAAAAAUAGACUUAGAAAUUCGAAUGCGAGAAGGAAUAUGGAAACUCCUUUCUCUGAGCACUCAAAAAGAUCAGGUUUUACAUGCAGUUAAGAAUCUCAUGGUGUGCAAUGCUCGAAUAGUGGCGUACACAUUGGAGCUACAGAAAUUAGAAGAGCAGAUUGCAAAUCAAACUGGAAAAUGUGAUGUGAAUUUUGAAAGUAAAGAACGAACAGCGUGUAAAGGAAAGAUUGCCAUAUCAGAUAUUCGUAUACCACUAAUGUGGAAAGACUCUGAUCACUUCAGCAAUAAAGAACGAUCACAGCGCUAUGCCAUUUUUUGUUUAUUCAAAAUGGGAGCUAAAGUUUUUGAUACUGACAUGGUACUUGUGGAUAAAACAAUAACAGAUAUAUGUUUUGAAAAUGUAACCAUAUUUAAUGAAGCAGGGCCAGACUUUCAGAUAAAGGUGGAAGUAUAUAGUUGCUGUACAGAAGACUCUUCGAUAACCAAUACACCAAAAAAGCUAGCUAAAAAACUUAAGACAUCCAUAAGCAAGGCUACAGGAAAGAAAAUAAAUCCAGUGAUUCAAGAAGAGGAUCAUGAGACGUGCUUGUUCUUCAGUUCCUCUAUUUAUGGUGUGAAGUAUAAUUUGCUAGCUCACACUACCCUAACGUUGGAAAGUGCUGAAGAUAGUUUCAAGACCCAUAAUCUGUCUAUUAAUGGAAAUGAGGAGUCUUCAUUUUGGCUUCCCCUAUAUGGCAACAUGUGCUGCCGAUUAGUUGCCCAGCCAGCUUGUAUGACUGAGGAUGCAUUUGCAGGAUUCCUUAAUCAGCAGCAGAUGGUAGAAGGACUCAUUAGCUGGAGAAGGCUGUAUUGUGUUUUGAGAGGGGGUAAACUCUACUGUUUUUACAGUCCAGAAGAAAUUGAAGCGAAAGUGGAACCAACUUUGGUGGUGCCCAUUAACAAGGAAACCAGAAUUCGGGCAAUGGAUAAAGAUGCCAAGAAAAGAAUCCAUAAUUUCUCUGUCAUUAACCCUGUUGCUGGACAAGCUAUUACUCAGAUUUUUUCAGUUGACAGUAGAGAAGAUCUUCAGAAGUGGAUGGAAGCCUUCUGGCAGCAUUUUUUUGAUUUUAGCCAAUGGAAGCAUUGUUGUGAAGAAAUUAUGAAAAUUGAGAUUAUGUCACCACGGAAACCACCUUUGUUCUUGACAAAAGAGGCGACCUCAGUCUACCAUGAUAUGAGCAUUGAUUCACCUUUGAAACUUGAAAGUUUAACUGAUAUAAUACAAAAAAAAAUUGAAGAGACCAAUGGACAGUUCCUUAUUGGUCAACAUGAAGAAUCCUCACCACCUCCUUGGGCCACAUUUUUUGAUUGUAAUCAUCAAAUGGUCAUCCAGAAAAAGGUAUUGUCUCCUGCAAGUGAACAGUUACAUGAUGGGAAAAGGAAAAAGAGACGAGCUCCCCUUCCUCCUUCUGAUAAAACUCCAUUCAGCUUAAAAACACAGAGCAACUCAGAUCAAUUGGUUAAGGACAACUGGGGAAGAACAAGCAGAUCUCGGACCUCGCCUUUGGAUUCCAAACUUUCAACCUUAAUGCAUCACUUACAGAAACCAAUGGCUGCUCCUCGAAAACUUCUCCCUGCCAGGAAAAAUGGUUUAACUGAUAGUGAGCAUACAGACACUAAAACCAAUCUUGAAGCAAAGCCAGUGCCAGCUCAAAGGCAGAAAUCCAUCAAAGACAUUUUGGACCCUAGAUCAUGGUUGCAGGCACAAGUAUAG